CGCUGGCCCCGCGGAUCGAAUCCAUAUAAAGAAUUCGACAGGUGCGGCCCUUGUUCAGUCUGUCUGCGGAAUAAGUCGGAUCCAUACGUGCCCACCAAAAAGGAUAUACCAUAUCGAACUCGAAAUAGAUAAAAGGACUUUAUCCAUUAUCCUUGCUGCUCCCAACGAACAAAGAAAAAGGAUACGCGAUCAGUGAACUAAAGGGACCGUGAUAAAGUGAUUUAAAUUCCUUUUUAAAAAGUCAUUACGUGCCAAAGAAGUGUCGUAUCGAAAAUAUCCGCAUAGUUGGGCGCCUUGAACCCAAACCAGAGACUUAACCAGCAGGAUGCCCAGUAAGAAGAACCCGCAGGCAGAGCCCCCAGCUGGCGAGGAUGGAGAUAUUGUGAUCUCUGGUAUCUCCGGCAAACUGCCGGAGAGCAGUAACAUCGAGGAGUUCAAGUACAACCUGCUCAAUGGUAUAGACAUGGUCACAGAUGAUCCCAGGCGCUGGGAGGCGGGCAUCUAUGGCCUUCCCGAGCGCAUGGCCAAAAUGAAGGACUCCGAUUUGGAGAAGUUCGAUGACAAAUUCUUCAGUGUCCAUCAGAAGCAGGCAGAGCUCAUGGAUCCCUGCAUGCGAAUGCUGCUCGAGCUAACCCACGAGGCCAUCAUCGAUGCAGGCAUCAAUCCCGUCCAGCUGCGCGGUAGUCGGACCGGUGUCUAUAUAGGGCUCUCCUUUGUGGAAACGGAGCACGAAAUACCCAAUAUGGAGCCGAGCACAAUCAAUGGCUACUGCUUGACGGGAUGUGCGCGGGCCAUGUUCGCCAAUCGAAUCUCGUACACGUUCGACUUUAAGGGUCCCAGCUUCAUAGUGGACACCGCGUGCUCUAGUUCCCUGGUGGCGCUGAAUCAUGCUUUUGCGGACAUGAGGGCGGGACGCUGUGACUACGCCUUGGUGGCGGGCGUGAAUCUCAUUCUGAAACCGAUCUUUGCCCUUCAAUUCCUCCGUCUGGGCAUUGUGAGCCAUGAUGGCGCCUGCAAGACUUUCGAUGCGGCUGCCAAUGGCUAUGCCCGAGCGGAUACAUGUGCCGUGGUCCUCCUCCAGCGGAGGAAGGAGGCCAAGAGGGUCUAUGCCAGCAUCCUGAAUGUGCGCACCAAUACGGAUGGCUUCAAGGAGCAGGGCGUAACCUUUCCGGACGGACGCAUGCAACAUACGUUGCUGGAGGAGACCUACAGCGAAAUCGGACUGAAUCCGGACGAGGUAAUUUACGUGGAGGCGCAUGGCAGUGGCACACCAGUGGGCGAUGACCAGGAGGCCAAUAUGCUGAGCAAUUUCUUCUGCCGCCCCUCGCGACCAAGUCCCCUUCUCAUUGGAUCCGUCAAGUCCAAUAUGGGCCAUGCCGAGCCGGCGUCGGGUGUCAGUGCUCUGGCCAAGAUGAUCAUCGCCAUGGAGGAGGGUGUGAUACCUAAGAAUCUGCACUACCGCACCCCGAAUCCUGCGGUACAAGCUUUGGUCGACGGACGGCUUAAGGUCGUGGAUCGGAAUCUGCCCUGGCAGGGUGGCAUUGUGGGCUUGAACUCGUUUGGUUUUGGCGGAGCCAAUGCCCAUGUCGUACUCCGGUCGCAUGCAAAAUCCAAGCCACCCAAGGCAUCCUCCAAAGCAGUGGAGGCGAAGCACUCUCUUAGAUUGGUCACCUGCUCCGGACGUACUGAGGAGGCUGUGCAGAAGCUACUGAAUGUGGCCACCGAACAUUGCCAAGAUCAGGAGCUGCUAACCCUUAUCAACGACAUCCACGCUCAUCCAAUUCCCCUGCACCCGUUCAGGGGAUACGCCGUCCUGGGCUCCAGCGGUGCUGUCAAGCAGGAAGUGCUGCCCUUCGAGGAGGAGGAGCGACCGAUAUGGUUUGUUUAUGCCGGCAUGGGAAGCCAGUGGCCCAGCAUGGCCAGGGAUCUCAUGCAGCUGGAGGCGUUUCGAAAGUCCAUAGAACAUUGUGCCGAGGUCCUGGCCAAGGUGGACUUUGAUUUAAUAGACGUCCUGACCCGUUCCACGGAACGCACCUUUGACAACAUGCUGUACUCCUUUGUCUCCGUAUCCGCCGUUCAGGUGGCUCUCACGGAUCUUCUCCGUACGCUAGACAUCCGACCAGAUGGCAUCAUUGGCCACUCGGCUGGAGAGUUGGGAGCGGCCUAUAUGGAUGGAUGCCUGACGGCAGAGCAAACAGUGUUGGCCGCUUAUUGGCGUGGAAAAAGUGUUCUGGACACUCCCGGCUUGCCCCGAGGCAAAAUGGCUGCAGUGGGUCUCAGCUGGGAGGAGAUUGGUGCCCACAUCCCCAAGGAUUGCUAUCCGGUGUGCCACAACAGCGAUGAUAACUGCACAGUUUCGGGUCCAGCAGCCUCCAUGGAUGCCGCCAUCGAGAAGCUCACGGCUGAGGGGAUCUUUGUGCGGGAAGUGGGCUCUGGAGGCUAUGCUUUCCACAGUCCGUACAUUGAGGGAGCAGCUCCCAUGCUAAGGCGAAAUCUAGAGAAACUGAUCCCCAAGCCCAAGGAAAAGACACCACGAUGGCUAAGCACCAGUGUCCAAGAAUCAGAAUGGGACACAGAGAAAAAUCACUUGGCAUCUGCUGGCUACUUUAUAAAUAACCUGAUCUCACCCGUGCUCUUCCAGCAGGCCAUCAAGAAGAUCCCAGAGAAUGCUCUCAUUGUAGAGAUUGCACCGCAUGGUCUCUUCCGGGCAAUUCUCCGCUCGCUGAGUCCCCAGAUCAGCUAUGUGAGUCUCAUGCAGCGCGGUCAUACCAACAAUUUUGAAUUCCUGCUCAGCCAGAUUGGACGACUCUUCGCAGCCGGUGGACAGCCACAAAUUUUAAAGAUCUCCCCGUACGUAUCUUAUCCUGUCUCACGGGGCACACCCAUGUUGGGUUCGUCGAUUGGGUGGGAUCACUCACAGAAGUGGAACUAUCCCAAGUUCAAAGGUGGACGACAGGCUAGCCAGUUGAGUGUAGAGCUGGACCUGAGCAAGGAGGAGAACGCCUUCCUGGCGGGACACACUAUCGAUGGCAGGAUCCUAUUUCCGGCCACGGGCUACAUGACGCUCGCCUGGAUGAGUCUCGCCCAGCAGCAGGGAUUGGACUAUCUGCGCACUCCCGUUCUCUUCAAGAAUAUCGUCUUCCAUCGGGCCACCAUUCUUGGAGUGGGAACAGUGGUCAAGCUAACGCUCAACUUUUUCCCGGGAAGCAGCUGUUUUGAGAUCUGCGAGGGCAGCAGCCUGGUGGCUUCCGGAAAGAUCCAGCUGGUGGUAAGCAAUGUGCAGCAGGAGCAGCUGCAGCUGCCUUCACUUCCGGGUAUUGCAGGCUCCCGCCGGCUAAGCACCAAGGAUAUUUACAAAGAGCUGAGACUGAGGGGAUAUGACUAUAGUGGUGUUUUCCAGGGCAUCCUAGAGUCUGACAUAGCGGCGGUUACGGGUCGCCUGCAGUGGGCUGACAACUGGAUCAGCUUCAUGGACACAAUGCUGCAGUUCCGGAUCUUGAGUAAAGACAUAAGAGAACUCUACGUGCCCACUGGUAUUGAACGGGCUCUAAUUGAUCCUCUGAAGCACUUGGAGCUGGCGAAAAAGCACCAGGAAAAGCUGCUGGUCAACUGGCACAGCAAUAUAUCGGUGGUCAAGUGCGGUGGUGUGGAAAUCCACAAGAUGAAGACCGCACAGACACAGAGGCGAUCGGGCGGCCAAUCUGCACCCAGUGUGGAACGCUAUCGAUUCUGGCCCUAUGUGCAGCAUCUAAGUCAGCGGGAGGAUCAGCUUAGAUCGAGGAGUUCGGCCUUGGCUGUGGCCAUUCAGGUCAUCAUCGAGAAUAGCGGUGGAGCUGUGAAGAUCAAGGCCGUGGAACUGGCUGGAAGUCGCUCCACUCUGGAAACCCUGAGUGCCGUGCAGCUUCUUAAACUGAUUGAGAGGGAACCUAUCCUGGUAGGUGAUCUGGCGGUGGUCACCUCCACCUCAGCCAUUGAAUCAGAACUCAGUGAGCAGCUCAAGGAACAUGGCAUUAGAGUGAUGGCCAAGGAUCUAUCAGCUGGUGCCGUGGAGCAGCAGUGCCAUUUUGUCCACUCCCUAGACCUUUUAUCGAAGAACUCUCUCAAGGAUCUGCAGCAUUGCCUUGAUAGCCUAAAACCGGAGGCGGGAUUCCUGCUCUUAGAGGAAUCAGGAAGCACCUACACACAAGUAGGAAAAUUGAAACUAGGUAAACUUCAAUUAGUGCCCGUUUUGGAACAGUUCUUUGGAUCAGAUCGUGUGCUUGUUUUGGCCAGGAAGCCUGAAAGUCCUAAUCAACACCUCAUAGUGCAGCUAAGCAACAAACAGUUCAAAUGGGUCAGCGAACUAAAAAACUCGAUGGUCAAGGCACAAGCUGAGAAGAGAAUCGUCUACUUGGUGGCCCAAGGGGAGCCGGACUCUGGUGCAUUGGGCUUGAUGAAUUGCCUUAAGAGGGAGGCCGGAGGAAACAAUGUCCGGCUUUAUCUCAUCCUAGAUGAAGGUCUACCCAAAUUUUCCCUGGAGGAAUCCUUCUACGCAAGUCAGGUGGCCAAGGAUCUGGCCAUUAAUGUGUAUAAGAACGGCAACUGGGGUAGCUAUCGUCAUCUGAAAAUGGAAUCCCAAGCACCUAUGUUGCCCGUAGAGCAAGCCUAUGUGAACACUCUGGUCAAGGGCGAUCUCUCCUCGCUCCGCUGGAUCGAGAGUCCGCGUUCGAGUCCCACGCAGUCCCAUCUGGAGCCCUGCACGGUAUACUAUGCUCCUCUUAACUUCCGGGAUGUUAUGUUAGCCUCGGGUAAGCUAGGAGUGGAUGCCUUGCCCGGCGACUUGGCCUAUCAGGAUUGUGUUCUGGGACUAGAGUUUUCUGGCAGAGACUCUCGCGGGCGGCGCAUAAUGGCCAUGGUUACUGCCAAGUCGCUGGCCACUAAUUGCUUGGCCAACAAGAAUCUGCUGUGGGAAAUCCCCGACAAGUGGACCAUGGAGCAGGCUUCCACAGUACCAUGUGUCUAUGCCACUGUCUACUACGCCUUGGUGGUGCGAGGCCAGAUGAAGAAGGGUGAGAAGAUACUCAUUCACGCCGGCUCUGGCGGUGUGGGUCAGGCAGCCAUCUCGGUGGCUCUGUCGCAUGGUCUGACCGUCUUCACCACCGUCGGAAGCAAGGAGAAGCGUGAAUUUCUGCUGAAGCGGUUCCCCAAGCUGCAGGCCAAUCAUAUUGGCAACUCCCGAGACACAUCCUUCGAGCAGCUGAUCAUGAACGAAACCCAUGGCGAGGGAGUGGAACUAGUGCUCAAUUCCCUAUCCGAGGAGAAGCUUCAGGCCUCCAUCCGCUGUCUGGCCCUGAAUGGACGCUUCCUGGAGAUUGGCAAGUUCGAUCUGAGUAACAACACAGCAUUAGGUAUGUCUGUGUUCCUUAAGAACACCUCCUUCCACGGCAUUCUCCUGGACAGUGUGAUGGAAGGCGAGGAGGAGAUGCAGCUCAUGGUGGCCAAGUUGGUGUCGGACGGUAUCAAGAGCGGAGCUGUGCUGCCGUUGCCCACUACGGUCUUUGCGGAUCAGGAGAUCGAGAAAGCCUUCCGGUUUAUGGCCUCAGGCAAACACAUUGGCAAGGUUGUGAUCAAGGUGCGCCUGGAGGAGGAGCAGCAAACAGCUCAGCCGCGUCUCCGCCAGAUCCAGGCAAUUCCACGCUCGUACAUGCAUCCGGAAAAGAGCUAUAUCCUUGUGGGCGGUCUGGGAGGAUUCGGUUUGGAGCUGGCCAACUGGUUGGUCUCCCGGGGAGCCCGCUUCUUGGUUUUGAGUUCACGUUCCGGGCUAAAGAGUGGCUAUCAAGCUUUGAUGGUUCGUCGCUGGCACGAUCGCGGUGUCCAGGUCCUGAUCGAUACCAAUGACGUGACCACAGCGACGGGUUCUCGGAAGUUACUGGAAGUGAGCAAUAAGUUGGCCCUGGUCGGAGGCAUCUUCAACUUGGCUGCAGUGCUGCGGGAUGGCCUUAUAGAGGAUCAAAGCCCGAAAGACUUCGAGAAGGUGACAGCGCCCAAACUGCUGGCCACCAAGCACCUGGAUCGAAUCUCACGCGACAUCUGUCCCGCUCUGGAGUACUUUGUGUGCUUCUCCAGCCUGUCUUGCGGCCGUGGAAACAUGGGUCAGACCAACUAUGGACUGGCCAACUCUACCAUGGAACGUAUCUGCGAGCAGCGACAGGUGGAUGGCUAUCCGGGCAUGGCCAUACAGUGGGGAGCCAUCGGUGACACCGGCCUCAUCAUGGAGAACUUGGGUAACAAUGAAACUGUUGUGGGUGGCACCCUGCCGCAGCGGAUGAACAGCUGUCUGGAGACGCUGGAUCUCUUCCUGCAGCAACCGCAUCCCGUCAUGGCCUCCAUGGUGGUGGCCGAGAAGCGGAAGACAGGGGAUCAGUCGAAUCGCCUGAGCCUGAUAGCUACCAUAGCGAACAUCAUGGGUCUGCGGGAUGUGAAGAGUGUCUCAGACAAGACAACGCUAUUCGACUUGGGAAUGGAUUCCCUGAUGAGCACGGAAAUUAAACAGACCCUGGAGCGUCAUUUUGAUCUGGUGCUAAGUGCCCAGGAGAUCCGAGCGCUGACCUUCAGUGCUCUGCGGCAGAUUGACGCCCAGGAACCGGGAGCCACUGCAUCCACCUCCUCUGCGUCUUCGCCAGACCCAUCUGCCGCUAGGGAGGAGCCGCAAGUGCAGGUGCAGGCGCAGAGUGACGAGACGCGCAAGGUAUUUGCCGAGGAAGUAUUACCCCAGGAGGUGAUGGUUCGCCUCCGGUCGAAGGCGCCGGUGUCCAGCAAGGAUCCGGCCGUCUUUUUCCUGGCGCCCAUCGAGGGCUUCACCAUAGCCGUAGAGGCGCUGGCCGCCUCGCUCACCUGCCCCGCCUACGGUCUGCAGUGCACCGAGCAGGUGCCCCUCGACUCUAUCGAGGCCUGUGCCGCAUACUAUCUCCUCCAGAUACAGAGGCUCCAGCCCCGUGGUCCCUACAACAUUGUCGGCUACUCCUAUGGCUGUCUACUGGCCCAUGCCAUCGGCGUGGCCUUGGAGCAGCGCCGAUUUGGGGUCAAGGUAAUCAUGCUGGACGGAGCGCCAACCAUGGCCAGUGGUUACGUCCAGGAGGCCAAGAAGCAGACAGACGACCUCAAUCGGCAGCAAUCCAUGACGCUGGCAUACUUUGGUGCCCUGCUCGCCGAUGUGGACUACAACCAGCUGCUGAACCUCCUCGAUGGCGUUCAGACGUGGACCUCGAAGCUGGACAAGCUGGCCGACACUCUGGCCACUCACACGAAUCAAACCAAAGAAAGGAUCAAGAAAGCCGCCUGCAUGUUUAAGCAAAAGCUAAUGCUUUCCGAGAGUUAUAAGGGCGCCCAGCAGCUUCACAGUGAUGUGGUCCUUAUCAAAUCUGCCGAGCACAAUGCCAUAAUGGCACAAGAUUAUGGCCUAAAGGAGAUCUGCAGUGCCCAGAUCGAUAUGCAUGUGGUGGAGGGCACACACAGGACCUUCCUCAAGGAGCCGCACACUCUUCAGAUCAUCGAACGCGUGCUGAGGAAGCGUCCCUAAUGGAAUAUAUAUAGUUUGUAGCUAUAUAAAUACGAUAAUGUUGAUGAUUUAUUUUUUAGCUUAUAAGGUAUACCCUCUACUUAUACGAAUACAUGUAGCAAUCUGGCACGGAUUGUUUAAGCACUAGUA